AUAUAAAAUAUUAAUUAUAUAUCAUAUUAAUAAAUAAAAAAUAUAUAAAAUGUCAUUUUAUAAUAAAUUUUUAUUUUUCAUAAUAUUAAUAAAUGAAGCUUUUUCUGCUAGAAAUCUUAAAAUGAUUUAAAUGGCUAUUCGUCACGGAGCAAGAUAUGCAAAUAAUCCUUAAGUAAUAAAAGAUAAACCUGAAUAUAAAUUUAAUAAAUAAAAACGAGGAUAAUUAACAUCCGUUGGCAUGCUUUAACACUAUAAUUUAGGCAAUCUUAUGCGUUAAGAAUAUAUUGUUGAAAAAUAAUUACUAUCAGACAAAUAUGAAUUUGAUAGUGUAUUUGCAUUUUCUUCUAAUGUAAAUAGAACAUUGUAAAGUUUAUAAAGUUUCUUAUUUGGUUUAUAUCCUCUUAGAACUGGCUUAGCUAUACCUGAUAAUUUAGAUGCUGAUUUAUAAUAAGCUCCAUAUUAUUAAUAUGUAUAAUAAUAACGUUAAUAAAAAACAGGUAAUUUUAUUUACGAUAAUAAUUUGAAAUUUGCUUUACCAGAGGGCUUUUAUCCUUACGUGAUAUAAUAAGAUACUGAUAAUCAUAGUAUUCUUUAAUUUAUAUGUAAACCUUCAAAAGCAAAACUCAAAGCUGAAAGUGUUAAAGAAAACACGGGAAAAUUAGAAGAAUUUUACAAAUAAUUUGAAAAAUAAGUGCAAGAAAUAGGUGCAAAAGUAAACAUAAAUUAUACUUUAAAUGUUUCAAACGUUUCGGCUUUUAUAGACUGGGUUACGUCUUAAAGAUACUUGGGUAUUACCUAUAAUAUAACCUUAGAAGAAUAUAAACUCUUAAAUUAUAUAAAAACUUUAUAUAAAGCUAUUAUAUAUUUCACUCCUUUAUAAACUAAGUUAAUUUUAACUCCAUAUUUUAGAUUCCUUUUAAAAUAAUUUGAAUCGAAAAUAAACAAUUAGAAUACUUAUAAAAUAACUAUAGCAUCAACUCAUGAUACAUAACUACAACCUUUAAUGGCUGUUUUCAAAUUAAUGAGUAAUGAAUGCCUUUUAUCUUAUAAUUUAUAAUAAGAAUCUGAAACUUGCCAAUUAAUGCCUAUAUUUGCUUCUAAUUUUGUUUUCGAAUUAUAUGAGGAUGAUUAAGAUAAAUAGCAUUAUGUUAAAGUUAAAUUUAACGGGAAAUAUAUUAAUAUUUGCAACGGAUAAGAUACAUGCGUUUACAAUGAUUUUAAGGCAUUAUUAACAGAAUAUAUAUAGGAAGAUUAUAGCUCUUAUUGUGAUGAUUAAUGUCUGCCUCAAGAUAAAUAAAGUAUUUUUUGGUAAAUAAGUUUUUGGAUACUUUUGGCUAUUAUUUUGAUUAUUUUAGUUGUUUACUUAUAUAAGAUUAGAAACAUUUUUAGAAAAAAUAGCGUUUAAGCAGAAUAGAUAAAGAUAGAAUCAAAUUAAUAAUUAUGA